GUGGUGGGAAGCCAGGAGCAAAAACACUAGCCCUCGUAGUUGGGAGAUUUUACUAGUUUCUUUUCAGGACCUUGUGGCGACGCGCAGCUGAGCCGCAGGACGCACGAAGCCAGGACGCACGACUGGUAUGAUGGAAAGAUAGCAGGAGGAGGACAAGGAAGCAAAGAUGUCGUUCUUUGGCAUGGACUGUGUCAGGAAGAAAGAGAGAGAGCUGGAGAGGAAAAUCCGCGCCAACGACCGCGAGUACAACCUCUCCUUUAGAUAUGCAACGAACGCCAUCAAGACCUCCAAGUACAACCCCUUCACCUUCCUACCUCUCAACCUGUUUGAGCAGUUCCAGAGGAUCGCCAACGCCUACUUCCUAUUUCUGCUGGUGCUCCAGGUGAUUCCUCAGAUCUCCUCUCUGUCCUGGUUCACCACAGUCGUGCCUCUGGUCCUGGUGCUGGCAGUCACCGCUGCCAAGGAUGCCACUGACGAUAUUAACCGCCACAGAAGCGACAAUCAUGUAAACAACAGGAAGGUUCAGGUCCUCAUUGAUAGAAAACUGCGGAGCGAGAAAUGGAUGGACGUCCAGGUGGGAGACAUCAUCAAGCUGGAAAACAACCAGUUUGUCACUGCCGACCUCCUGUUGCUCUCCAGCAGUGAACCACUCAACCUGGUGUACAUCGAGACGGCAGAACUGGAUGGGGAGACAAACCUGAAGGUGAGACAGGCCCUGACUGUGACAGGAGACCUGGGAGAGGAUAUUGAAAAACUGGCAGACUUCAACGGCGAGGUAUGCUGUGAACCCCCCAACAACCGUCUCGACCGCUUCACAGGAACGCUAACCUACACCGGUCAGAAAUACCCGCUGGACAACGAGAAGAUCCUGCUGCGAGGCUGCACCCUGAGGAACACCGAGUGGUGCUUUGGACUGGUGCUGUUUGGAGGUCCAGAGACGAAGCUGAUGCAGAACUGUGGGAAGAGCACAUUCAAGAGGACCAGCGUAGACCGACUGAUGAAUGUGCUAGUGCUUUGUAUUUUCGGUUUUCUGGCCUUCAUGUGCACCAUCCUGGCGAUUGGAAACUACGUCUGGGAGCUGAACGAAGGCUCACAGUUCACGGUCUUCCUGCCCAGACAAGAUGGCAACAAUGCAGGCUUCUCCGCCUUCCUCACAUUCUGGUCCUACGUCAUCAUCCUCAACACCGUGGUGCCCAUCUCUCUCUAUGUCAGUGUGGAGAUCAUUCGUCUGGGGAACAGUUUCUACAUCGACUGGGACAGGAAGAUGUACUACUCACGGAACGACACUCCUGCCGAGGCUCGCACCACCACGCUGAACGAGGAGCUCGGCCAGAUCAAGUACGUCUUCAGCGAUAAAACAGGAACACUCACCCAGAAUAUCAUGACCUUCAACAAGUGCUCCAUCAACAGCAAAUGUUACGGGGAUGUGUAUGACUACACAGGUCAAAGACUAGAGAUUACAGAGCAUACACAGAUAGUGGACUUCUCCUUCAACCCGCUGGCUGACCCCCGCUUCAUGUUCCACGACCACUCCCUGGUGGAGGCGGUGAAGCUGGAGAACCCAGAGGUCCACGCCUUCUUCAGGCUGCUGGCCCUCUGCCACACCGUCAUGGCCGAGGAGAAGAAGGAAGGUGAACUUUUCUACCAGGCCCAGUCUCCAGAUGAAGGAGCGCUGGUAACAGCAGCCAGAAACUUUGGAUUCGUCUUCCGCUCACGUACACCGGACAGCGUUUCCAUUGUGGAGAUGGGACAGCAGCGCAGCUAUGAGCUCCUCGCCAUCCUGGAUUUCAACAACGUCCGCAAGAGGAUGUCGGUCAUAGUUCGGAGUCCAGAGGGGAAGCUCUCGCUCUACUGUAAAGGUGCAGACACAAUCAUCUACGAGAGGCUGCAUCAGUCCUGCAGCAAGCUGAUGGACGUCACUACAGAGCACCUUAACGAGUUUGCAGGGGAGGGGCUGCGCACUCUGGCGCUAGCCUAUAAGGAUCUGGAUGAGGAGUAUUUCAACCAGUGGAAACAGCGCCACCAUGAGGCCAGUGUAGCACUGGACGACCGAGAGGGCAAACUGGACGAGCUGUAUGAGGAGAUAGAGAAGGAUCUGCUGCUGCUUGGAGCAACAGCCAUAGAAGAUAAGUUACAAGACGGAGUACCUCAGACGAUCGAGCAGCUGGCCAAAGCUGACAUCAAAAUCUGGGUUUUGACUGGUGACAAGCAAGAAACUGCAGAAAACAUCGGGUACUCGUGCAACUUACUGCGGGAGGAGAUGAACGAGGUCUUCAUCGUCUCGGGGAACUCACCUGAGGAUGUCAGACAGGAACUGAGAGAUGCACAGACUUCCAUGAAACCAGCAGAGGAUUCAGUGUUUCUGCCAGAAGGAGCUGUGGGUAAAGGUGGGAAAGUGAUCACAGAUGAGGUGGUAAACGGAGAGUAUGGCCUGGUCGUCAACGGACACAGCCUGGCGUACGCCCUGGAGCGCAGCAUGGAGCUGGAGUUCCUGAGGACGGCGUGUAUGUGUAAAGCUGUGAUCUGCUGCCGGGUCACUCCUCUGCAGAAGGCUCAGGUGGUCGAGCUGGUCAAGAAGUACAAGCAGGCGGUCACGCUGGCCAUAGGGGACGGAGCCAACGAUGUGAGCAUGAUCAAAGCGGCUCAUAUCGGCGUGGGCAUCUCAGGCCAGGAGGGCAUGCAGGCCGUUCUGUCCAGCGACUACUCCUUCGCCCAGUUCCGCUUCCUGCAGCGCCUCCUGCUGGUGCACGGCCGCUGGUCCUACCUGCGCAUGUGCAAGUUCCUGCGCUACUUCUUCUACAAGAACUUCACUUUCACCUUUGUCCACUUCUGGUACGCCUUCUUCUGCGGCUUCUCUGCGCAGACGGUGUAUGAUGAGUGGUUCAUAACACUCUACAACCUGGUGUACACAGCACUACCUGUACUGGGGAUGAGUCUGUUUGAUCAGGAUGUGAACGACAUUUGGAGUUUCCAGCAUCCUCAGCUUUACGUCCCCGGUCAACUCAACCUGUACUUCAGCAAGAAGGCCUUCUUCAAGUGUGCCCUCCACAGCUGCUACAGCUCCCUGGUGCUCUUCUUCAUCCCCUACGCAGCCAUGCAGGACACCGUGAGGGACGACGGGAAGGACGUCGCUGACUACCAGUCCUUCGCCCUCCUCACCCAGACGUGUCUGCUGUUUGCCGUCACCAUCCAGUUGGGGCUGGAGAUGUCUUACUGGACAGCAGUCAACACCUUCUUCGUGCUGGGCAGUCUUGCCAUGUACUUUGCUGUCACGUUCACCAUGUACAGUAACGGCAUGUUUCUCAUGUUGCCGUCAGCCUUCCCUUUCAUAGGAACGGCCCGAAACUCUCUGAACCAGCCCAACAUUUGGCUGACGAUCCUCCUCACCUCCAUCCUGUGUGUCCUUCCUGUGGUCACCUACCGCUUCCUGUUUAUCCAGCUCUGCCCCACCAUCAAUGACAAGGUGAUGUUCAAGGUGAGACAGGCCAAGGCGACACCUGCCCCUCCGCCUCGACGCACCCGCAUCCGUCGCACCAGCUCCCGGCGCUCAGGCUACGCCUUCUCACAUGCGCAGGGCUACGGGGACCUGGUGACGUCGGGAAGGUUCCUGCGGCGUCCCGCUGUGUCCCGAUCCUCAGGUUUUGCCCACACUGGUCGGCCUACCAUGGGGUUCAGUCCCAUGGGACGAUCGGCUGGAUACAGCCCGACAGGACGCCCUCAAAACGUCAAGGUCCCAGAUGUGGAGGUGACAUCGCUGCAGAUGUACAGGACUAUCAGAGAUCCUGCACUCUGACAGACAGCUGGUUAAUGUCAGGGAGAAGGACUAAUGCCAACUGGACAGCUGUGUGCCGCCGGUGGUUAAAAGCUCCCAUUUGUACAUUCAUGUACACCUUGAAGAACUUGUUCUGGCUUUCCAGAAAACUUCAUGUCACAGAUUCUUCUCUCAUCUGCACAGUCGCCCGGGACGAGGUUUGAAAAGUACUUUUGCUCCAAGCAUUUUAUCUUGUAAUCGAUAUAUCAAAGGAAACUACAACAAAAUGUCUCACCACUUCUGAUGGAUCAUUUUCCUCAGAUCAUGAGUGCUCAUGUAAAACAUGCCUCAUGCAGACGCAACAGAUGAAACCUUUCUGACACUAGAAACAGUAACAGGGUUAUUCACUUCCACAUAGGACAAACCACAGAAGGGGAACAUUUUGGCUUCCUGAGGAGGACAAAGUGUCAUCGUGUUUACAGACGACCCAGACUUCCCUAACCCUGGGAGUCCAGAUGCACAGCAGGGCUUUGUGCAGGGGAUACAACCAGCAAAGCCAUUUUGCAUAAGAAUAUUUUAAUUUUAUACUUCUAGUAUCUUUUUAAAGCAUUUUAUUUUCCUAUCUUGAAAGCUGUUAGCACUUUGGCAGACAAUGACAAUGGGAGUUGACUGAAUGUAUGAAGGAAUGUGUCUGCUCCCAACAAACGUCCAUCUUCUCCGUGGCUCAGAGGAGGAGAAGUCAUGGCAGGAUUCAGGAUUCACCAUAUUGCUGGACAUUUUUUUCUUCUUUCAGUGUGUUUCGUUUCAUCACAUUCUGUGUGCUGAAAGAAUUUCAUGCAACUUCAAUAAUUUAUAGAAGACAGUAACUCAAAUCCUAGCAAAGCAAAUUCUAAUUUUUGAUUUACACCUAAAACACAGGGGCAUUUAAAUCACACUCUUCAGUACCACUGGGCAUCGUGACAUACUUCAUACUUUAAAGGUUAAAUUGUUUUAUUAGUUAGAAAAUAAGCUAUUCUUGUGUGACAUAUAACAAAUAUCUACUAUCGGAGCAAUGGUUUGACUGCCAGGUUGUGAAAUUGAUAUUAUUAUAAUAACUUUAAUUGUCUUCUCAGACUUCUCAGUGUAUCAUGAGAGGUUAUUGUGAACUGAGAAACAUGCAAACCUUUGCUGACAACAUGACGGCUAAUCAGAGUCAUGAAGGUCAUUUUAAGUCAUUACAGUUACAAUCUCGAAGAUCCCUGUUUUGUUCCCUUUAGCUGCACCUGUGGCAAGAAGCAGUUUUUGCUGCACUUUUUGGCAGAUUAAUGGUGAUCUGAGGGUCGACCCACAACCAGCUGGUGGGGCUUUACGAGUUCAGAAGCCCAGUGGUUCCCUACUGGUUGGUAGCGGUCCAGACGUGGGUCGCAGGAACCACUGCAAUAGCCCAUCUUCUUCUCCCCGCUUGCUGUCAAUCAUAAACACACACACACACACACACACACACACAGCACUCAGGCUUGUCUCAGUCCUCAGUCCUGACAAUCCUGCUACUAUAAUGCAUAUAUUUAGCGGUCUGGGGGUCUGGUUUAGGUGGUUGACAACAGAUAUUAUUGGAGUGUGUGUGCAUGUGUGCAUGUUUCAUUAUGUGUAAGAGUGGAUUAUAAAUGGCCGCGCCACUUGUGAUUUUUUCUGGGAAUGUCGCCCUCGACACAAUCACCAUUUAUUUAAAUAAUAAUCUUGGAGAUUAUUAUUUUGAUAAAGGAAUUUUUGCACUUCUUCAAUUAAUCAGCUAUGGCAUUUGAUCAUCUACUCAUAAGUGAACUACUACUAAUAAUAUUGAGACAAUUUGUUACAGUACUUGCAGCAUGUUUGCAGUUUGGUGUCCAGAAAGAAAAAGUAGUGCCGGGCCAAAAAGAAAUUAACAGACACUGGUCAGGCUGUGCGAUGGAUUAAUCUUCCUGUAUGAUGAAUAAAUUAAAGCACUAGUGAAAAGACGUUUAUCACCCAUCGAUCAUCAAAAUCUAAUUAUCAUGUGCAGGGUCGCUGAGAGAGCCUAUCCCAGCAUGCACUGGUUGGAAGGCACAGAACACCGCAACAGCUUCACAAACUCACACCUACAAGCAAUAAUUAAGAGUCUUUGGCCUGUGGAAUUUUUCACAACCUGGCAACCCAAAACUUGUUCUCAUUAAUGGCUUAUUAGUGAUCUGUUUAUUUAAAGUCAUCAGCUACAGCUACUAAACAAUUUCAUAAGAAUGCCUUAUCAUGAAGUGGUACCAAAUCUUCUAUUGUGCAGCUUUAUGGGAGCAUGAAAUGUCCAAAAUGUGUCUCAGUGGUAAAGUCUUGGGUUUACAUCCGAGUUAAGGCCCUGUUCAAGCUCACUAUUGUUGGUGGAUGUACCUGCAUCAUGUCUAGAUCCAGUUUAGAGGGAUUGUAGUUAGAAUACAUGCACCAGAAUGUGUCUUAAAUGCACCCGCAGUGACCACUUCAGACCACAUUCAGCAUCCACGCUGAUGUUUGAUUUUUAGCAAACUAACAAAAAAAAGAAAAAUGCACAUUUUCACCUCAUCGAACAGCAAGAGUAGUGGACAACGCCAGCUGUGGAGUAACUCAUCUUGAAUACAGAGUUUUUCGCACCACAUAGAUGGAGGUUUAUCGUACUGUGCACACACUACAAAGCCGAGUGGAUGAUCCUUAAAUCAAUUCCUGGGUUCAUGUUUGUCCACAUUUUCUGUUUAUAGCUACUUCAUCGUUGUCGGUGCAGUUUUUGGUGCGUUCACAUCCAUCAGAUCACACAAAACACAUUUAAAUACAAAGUGUGAACAGGCUCUAAAAACACUGCUUCCACAGUUCCCAUGAGCUUUUAAUUAUGCAGCAUAAAUUAUGCCUCAUUUCAAAAUCAGUGUGUCAGAUUCUGCAUCACAUCAUGCUUAGUAAAAUCACAUAUCUGCUUCAGCAACAAGCUCGCUACUGUUUGUCUGACAAUCAGUUUGGUCGUUAGCUGUAUUUCUAAUCUUAAAAAGCAGUGUAUCUCAGCUGUUAUCUGCUUUGUUCCCAGCGUCUUUCUCUCCUCAGCUCACUGAAAAUAUGAGCUGACUUAAACACAGAAGUUGCCUUAAUAUUUAAAGGAAAGGACAUUUCUACAUCAUGCAAUGCAGAAACAACAAUGACAAUGUUAGGUGGACGAUAAGGAUGUAGGAAAAAAAAAAUGUUUUAUGCAACCCAGUCAAGGAAUAAAAAUGUUUUAAAGGGAUAGUUUGGAUCUGUUGAAGGGGAGUUGUAUGAGGUGUGUCCACAGUGUAUUACAUAUAGUAGAUAUAUGUCGGUUGGUCCCCAGUUUGAAGAGGCAGGGUGUAGUCCAACAGGAAAGCCAAACAAUAAAACCUAAAUAAAUCCUCACCUAAAUAAAAUGAUAUCAGCUUAAGUGUAGGCUAUAUUUGGAUUAUUUUCAUGUCUUUAUCUUACUGUUAGACAUCGAUUUCAGACAAGCAUCUGAAGCCAAUAUAUCCCUCUUUUCAAAGAGAAAAACAGUGAUUUACACUGGUCUACCGGCCCUUGAAAUGACUCAAAGUACCACCAUUCUCGUGGGGCAAAGUCCUGUACUUUGUGACCCACUGGACGCCCCAACCUGCCUCCUGACUGGGCCUCUCGAGACCACUUCCUUCUUUCCUUCUCCCAUCUGGUGAUCACAGCCUUCCAAAAUGCAUGGGUAAUGCACAAAUAACUGGACAAUUAUUAUGUGGGAUACGUAGGAAAUUUGGUGCCUUACUUUCUGUAGGAAAAUGUACAAACAGUGCCUGAGAACAGCCUGACGAACUAACUGACUGAUACAGUGGUAGACCAGCAGCUCCUGAGUUCAGCAAGCCCAAAUGACUGUUUUUGCCAAUGGAGUCUGAUGGCUUUGAGGAGAGCUGCAUCUGUUAAUGUCUCCUCAUCAGAACAGGCUGUCUGACAGGAAGGCAAAGGGGUGAAAAUACUCUUCAUAUAAGGUGCACUUAAACUGACGCUGAUUUUUUUAGGUGGCUUAAAUAUGUUUUGUUGCUUCCCCCGUCCACAGCAGUGCAUUGCUUAGCUUCUGUAUCGGCACUUCAGCUUGCUUCUCCAAACUGUGGCCAUGCUAACCACCAUUUACUGUAUGUGUUACACUGUCUGUGGAUAAGUACCUUCAAACAGUCUGAUUAUCCCCUUCAUUUAAGCAAAGAUAUUUUAGAUACCAUCAUCAUGUUUGCUGUUUAAACCUGAAGAUAACAGCUGCUCUGUGGGAUCUUUAAUUUAUUAUUUGGUGUGUGAAGGUUUAAAGAGUAGUCCAAAUAGAAUUGGUUUUUAUUCACUCAUCAGUUUUUCAUCUACAGUUUAUUUUAAACCAUUAAGAGAGCUGAUGACAUCAUAAACCCUGUAGUAUUUGUAUCUAAAAAAUCUCUGACCCUGAUGUGAUUCAGUCACUUGUCGCCCAGAAUUGAAUGUAUUGCCCCCAAACCCCAGUGGUGAACCAAAAGUUUAUUAAGGCUUUGUGUGUCAUAGUUUACUCUGAAGUAAAACCGUUGCUCGUCCGACAGAAUCUGAUGCUGGAGGUCAGUGUGGUGAAGCUGGUUUGCACCACUGACCGCUCAGUUAUUAUUUACUGUAAAGUGUUCCUUCCUGGAGAUUUUUCAGAGGUUGAAUAUGCAGAAGAAACAUUUACUGCAUCUUUGUUCUUUGUGUAAAUUAAGCUCAUAAUCAAGUUGUGUUGUAAGUUUCUGAUGUUUUGAGGCAUUAUCUGGUAGCCAGUCCAGUUGUUUCCAUUUUUAUCUUACUGGGGUCCGUUUCACAAAGGCAAUCUGUGAGCGCUGCUGACACACACAUCACAGGUGUUGACAGCCAGUGGUUUAGUGGUAGCUGUAGUGGUGGGUGUACUACUAGGUAGAUGAGUACCAAAGAGGAAGUGGGUAUACUCUCCUUUAUAUUCCAUUGGGUUUUUGGCUGAUAGGUGGGUAUACUGUAAACAGCCAGAAAAAGAGGUGGGUAUACCCUUCACGACACCACUAGCAACAGCUCCACGUUUUGUUGAAAUCACAGGUUGCAUUCAGCAGAGCUUUGUCUGCAGUAUUAAUGCAGAACCAGUUCAUUAAGAGUGGCCGCAACACUGUCCACUAGUGUCUUUUUCCAGUAUUUCUGUGGUACUCUCCUAAAUAAAUUGUAGCCAUGAUGAAAACUUCAGAUAUUUAUCAUUAUAUUACUAUCGUUGUAUCGUUGUAUCCGCCCCGAAGACUGAAACUGUAACAUAAAGGAUUUUUGAUAAGUGUUUCUUAAACAUGUCAAACUAUCUUGUGAUUUUUAGCUCUGCUCUUCCUGAUAACCAUUUUGUAUCAUUUUUGUACUUAAACAAAUGCAAUAAAAAGAUCAAUAGGA